CUGCACGUUACUUCAGUCUCUGUAAUAGGUUGAGAGCAGCACGGCAUAAGACCAACAGACGUCCUAAUAAUGUGUAGUCUGCUGACACUGCAUGCCUGUAAACAGCAGAGAUGAAGGAGCUAUGGAUUAUGGUUGUCUUUGCGACAGUUUCUUUGUCACAGGUGGAUCGAACCACAUCCUUUUCCAUUCCAACCGCCACUGACUUAACUAUCCCAACUACUGAUUCCCCUUUAACCCCUGACCCUACAUCUACCGAUUCUCCUAUAGCCACUGCCCCUACAACUACUGAUUCCCCUAUAACCCCUGCCCCUACAUCUACUGAUUCCCCUAUAACCCCUGACCCUACAUCUGAUUCCCCUAUAACCCCUGACCCUACACAUUCCCUCAUAACCCCUGACCUUACAACCCCUGAGACUCCAACCCCUGAGACUGCAACCCCUGAGACUGCAACUCCCGAUUACCUAACUACUACUGGCAUUCAAACUACUGACACUCCUACUCCCGAAUACCUAACUACUACUGGUCUUCCAACUACUGACACUCCAACUCCCGAAUACCUAACUACUACUGGCAUUCAAACUACUGACACUCCAACUCCCGAAUACCUAACUACUACUGGUCUUCCAACUACUGGUUACCCUACCUCUAUCCCUAUUACCAGUACCAGUCUCCCAACCACCUCUACCACCACCUCUACCAUCACCACCACCACCUCUCCUACCACCUCUACCACCCCCACCAUCUCCACCACCACCUCUACCACCACAAUCCCUCCUCUGGACUGUAUCAACGGUGGUGAGCUGCAGAGUGGAGUCUGUAUCUGUCCUGAUGAGUGGACAGGAGAGACCUGUUCAGAAGGGAAUUUCUGCAAUUCCACCAUCAUUGGUCAUUUCUCAUACCCAAGAACAACGGUUGGCUGGUCUGCUUAUUCAAAAGAGUUGUGUGAUGCGAAGACAACCAGUGCCGGUUUACCAAGAUCAUCAGCAAGAUGUUUGAAUAACACUGGAUCUCCAAUGUUUGGUACUCCUCAUGAACUGCAGUGUGAAUUUACCCUCAGUGAAAUUCAAGGAAAUAUCUCCAGCAGUCCAGGUGAUUUACUAAAGUUAGCCUUCAGUACUCAGAUCCUGACCUCCCAACCAGAGCAGCUGUCAGCUGACAACAUCACCACAGCAGCUCAGAUAGCUAACACACUGCUUCAGUCUGCAAAUAUCACAGAGGACAUCGCAGUGGCAGCUGUAACUACCAUCAGUCAGCUGCUGAAUGCCAGUGAGGAGAGUACACAGGAGAGAGACGCUGUCCAAAACCUCACAGAGACCUUGGGGAACUUUUCCCUGGACCAGCACAGUAAUGUGGUUCAGCCCAACCUGGCAGUCCAGUCGGUCCAAGUACAAAGUGACUCAGUAGGGAUCCAGUUUACUGCUCUGACUGGAAGAUCUGGUAAUUUUGUGGCCAACAGAAUUCAUCUCAACACCAACACCUCUGAACUGAUAGCUGACAAAGGAGGUUCUACCGAUAUCCAGAUUGUUAUCAAAUUCCCACCAGUUUUACGUAGUAAAAACACAAACAACUCCAUUGGUUUUGUACUCUACCAAAACGACCGGUUCUUCAGGUCCAGGGCUUUCAGUGCUUCUUCAGGGACCAGCAGAAGGGUCAUCUCUGCUAACCUGGGACAGGUGUCUGGGUUACAUGUUGAGAUGCUCUUCAAGCCCACAGCUGUUCCCAACGCCUCUCUCUAUGACUUUGCCUGCGUGUCAUGGAACUACACGUUGAAAGACUGGAGCACCUAUGGCUGCUCCAAAGUCAACCACUCAGAAGACAGCCUGCAAUGUUUCUGUAACCACACCACUAACUUUGCUGUGCUUAUGUUGUUCAGGAGGGAUUUUAAAUACGCUGAAGCGCUAAACUGGAUCACCAUAUUGGGAUGCUCCAUGUCCAUCAUAGGGUUGAGUUUAACAAUAACGUUCCAGAUCGUGACCCGGAAAUUGCGCAAAUCCAACCCAACGAUCCUCUUAGUGAGCGUCUGCGUGUGUCUCCUGAUCUUCACCCUCCUCUUCAUGUUGGGAGUGGACAACCCUCAUAAACAGCUGGACAAACCUGAAAUACAGAAGGACAACAUUCUCCCCCCGUCCGACACACACACAGAGCGGGACAGAGGGCCCUGUACUGUAGUGGCGGUCCUGCUGCAGUACUUCCUAUUAGGGACAUUCACCUGGAACACGCUGUACGCAACACAUGUCUUCCUGGUGAUCAGAAACAGCUUGGCCACCAGCCCGUCAGACUUCACAGCCUAUACCGUGGCCAUCGGAUGGGGACUGCCUGCGGUUGUGGUGGCUCUCACCUUAGGAAUUAGUUACAGAGUGGAUGAUCCACUGGGUUACAGGCAGGAGGAAUUUUGCUGGCUUGCUGCCCUCGAUCCAAAGGGGAACUUUGACUUCAAGCUACCAAUGUUUUGGGGGUUCCUGAUACCUGUGGCGUUCAUGCUUAUCUUCAACACAGUGGUGUUGAUAUAUUUUGCAGUUACAACAUGCAAGACCAACCCACAUUUAACUAGUACAAGACACACAUCGAUGAAGAAGAAGUUCCUCAGUAGCUUUUCUCUGGCUAUGGUGCUUGGUCUCUCCUGGAUCCUGGGCUAUCUGUUGCUCAUUACACAGAACCAGACCAUGUACACCAUACUGAACAUCUCCUUCUGUGUACUCACCACCACUCAGGGCUUGCAGAUUUUCAUUCUGUUCACAGCAAGAACAGCAAUUUUCAAGAAAAUUAUGGCAGAUGCUUUGAAAUCUGUUUCUAGUGUUGAGAUCCCGCUUCACACCGGGAGGUUCAGUCUAUGGCGAGGCAAGCACAGAGAAAAUGUGGAAUCAUACACACAGCUGGACACUAUUCUGUGAACCUAUUAACCAUUUAACUGCCACAGAAAAGUAUUUUCCUGAAAAAUGUGUAUUUAGCCUUAAUAUAGGCCAUAAAUAAUUUGUAUUUGAUCGCAAACAUCUCAACCCGCCUACUGAGUUUCCCGAUUAGGUUAAACUAAUGUUGUAUUGGAUUUUACAUAUGCUUUUUAAAUCAUCUGAAAAAUGGUACAUUAAUUAACGUCAUGUCUGCUUCAGUUACUUACAAUGGAAGACAGGCCAAGAUAAAUGACGACUGAUAUCAAAUAUGAUACAUUUGUGUGUCAAUAUGAGUAUUCAUAUAUAUGUAAUUUCAUGUUUACUGUUUAUAUGCACAUAAUACCUGUAAACUGACAUGUCCCGAAAACAUUUGUGAAACAAAUUGAAGAUAACAGGCUGAUAUCAAUAUGAAAAUAUUUUUGUAUUU